CGGCCGCCGCGCGAGCGCGACCAUGGCGCGCAUCGUGUCGCGUGCCCUCCCGUUCGCCUCGCGCUCGCACCUCCACCUCCCGUCGCCCCUCCGCGCCGCGGCGCCGCUCCUCCCGCACCUGCCCGCGGCGUCGUCCUCAGCCUCGCUGCUCUCCUGGCGGGGGUUCACGCCCACCCCCGAGCCCCUGCGCCCCGUUCCGCCUUUCGCUGGGUUCCUCGCCGGCAUACGCGGCUUACGAAGGGGGCGGCGCGGGCAGACGGCAGCGAAGCGGGAGGAGCCGCAGGACCCUGCGCCCCCGCCCUCGCCCCCGCCCCCGCCCAAGGAGACCGAGAUCGAGCUCUGCGCCCGCAUCAGUGUUGAGGAGGACUUGCCCGACGAUAUCGAAGUGCUGAACACUAUAGAAAUUCUGAAAUUAAAUGUUCCGAUGGCGAUGAAAAUUGCACUAGAUGGACUUCUGGAGUAUAACUACAAUACACGAGACACUUCAAUAAGUGACGUUGGGAAGUAUGAAAAGGUUGAGGUUUCUGUGUUGCUAUGCAAUGAUAACUUCAUCCAGAACCUUAACAAAGAAUGGACAGGCGAGGACAGCCCUACUGAUAUGCUCUCAGCGUCACAGUACAUUCCCGAUCUUGAUGUUCCUGCUCUUAUGUUGGGUGAUAUAGUGAUAUCAGUUGAAACAGCUGCAAGGCAAGCUGAGGAGAGAGGUCAUACACUUCUCGAUGAACAGCGGGCUCUAGUGGUUCGUGGCCUGUUACGUCUUCUGGGUUUCGAUCGUCAGUCUAGUGAUGAGGCGGCAAUGGAAAUGGAGAAGGAGGAGCUGCUCAUUUUAAAAAGUCUAAGGUGGAAAGGGAAAAGUCAUGCUAAGGCUGCUGUUGAUUUGAGCAAGACCCACACAGAAAAUUUGAAUGGACAAGAAGGGACAAAUAGUCUAAAGAAAGCUGGUAGCCUAAGAUUUUAUAGACCAAAGUUCAAAUAUAUCUUCUGUGAUAUGGAUGGUACGCUGCUCAACAGUAAAAGUCAAGUUACAGCAAGGAAUGCAGAAGCUCUAAAAGAAGCUAGGUCAAGAGGAGUAAACAUAGUUAUCGCCACAGGAAAGACUCGCCCAGCUGUCAUUGAUGCUCUUAAUAUGGUCGAUUUAUCUGGAAGAAAUGGCAUUGCUUCAGAAUCUUCGCCUGGUAUAUUUCUUCAGGGCCUGUUGGUUUAUGGUCUGGGAGGGAGAGAGAUUUACAAAAGAACUUUGGACCAAGAAGUAUGCCGAGAGGCAUUUUUAUAUUCUAUGGAGCACAGGAUACCAUUAGUUGGAUUUAGCCAGGAUCGAUGUUUUUCUAUGUUUGAGGACCCACUGGUUGAUUCUCUCCAUGACGUAUACCAUGAACCUAAGGCUGAAAUAGUGUCAUCUAUUGAUCAGCUUUUAGGAACAGCUGAGAUACAGAAACUAGUGUUCAUUGGAACUGCUGAGGGAAUGUCUUCCACAUUGAGGCCAUACUGGACAAACGCAGUAGAAGAAAGGGCGGGUAUUGUUCAGGCACAGCCUGACAUGCUUGAGCUUGUACCACCUGCAACUUCGAAGGGCAGCGGGGUGAAGAUUUUGUUGGAUCAUCUUUGCAUUAGUCCGGAUGAGAUAAUGGCGAUCGGAGAUGGAGAAAAUGACAUCGAAAUGCUACAGCUAGCAUCACUGGGUGUUGCUCUGGCUAACGGGGCAGAGAAGACCAAAGCGGUAGCCAAUGUAAUCGGCGCUACCAACGACGAAGAUGGCGUCGCACAGGCCAUCUAUGACUAUGCUUUCUGACUGCCGCUGACAAUUGAAUUGGGAUAGGAUUAUCUUCUUUUUUGGCUCCCCACUGUGUUCUAGGUUUACCAAAUAACAGGUUCUAUUCAAACAUCAUCAACAGGAUUAUACAGGGAUGUGGUCACAGCACCCCACCAGCAAGAGCUGGAACAUUUUAGUUGUUAGGCAGAUCUAUUUUUUUGGUUGGCUACCAGUGAUGAACCGCAAUUCUUCAGUUCGGGGGUAUCUGUAAAAACAUUGUUCUACCUCUGAUAACCAAGCACUUGGUUCUGUUCUAGCGAA